AUGGAUGAGGUACAAAUAGAACAGACCGUUCCCCAAAUUUCAUUUAAGAAAAGAUCUGCCAAAGCAAAAUCCAGCUUGCGCAAGAAAGCUCCAUCGCCCGCUCCCGCCUCAGAAACCACAUCAGGAUCUGACUAUUCCGCCUCCGACGAAGAAGGCGGACGUACAGUCAAACGCAGACGCAAAAAUGCCACAGUAACCGCAUCAUCUGCGGAUACAAGCGUGCAACGCCAUACUACUGUUGCCGCUGUGAAUGAUGGUGAUGAAAAUGGCGGCUCUGCAUCAUCCUUCUCCGCUGCACACUUUGCCCACCAGCAAACGAAUAACGCAACAAAACAUUCAAACUGGUUCGACGAAGAAAUAGGAGGAGGCGAAAAGGACGAGCAGCUGCUUAGCGCUAAGAAUCUACUGGGCAAUACCAGAAGCAAACCUACCGCUGCCAGCUCCACAGCAACAUCGAGCGGAGAUGUGGACGGCACAUAUCGCGGCACAGCAAACUACCAAUCCUUUAUCCAAAAGAACCCCAACGCCCCUUCCAAGCAGUUCGGCCCCAUUAAGGCCGCUACAAAUAUUAGAACUAUCACUAUCACCGAUUAUUCCCCCGACGUCUGCAAGGAUUACAAGCUGACGGGAUACUGUGGGUUCGGGGAUGGGUGUAAAUUCCUGCAUGCCCGGGAGGACUACAAGGCGGGCUGGGAGCUGGAUCGAGAUUGGGAGAUUGGGACGAAAGGAAAGAAGGUUGUGGGGCGGACGGUUGCGAGUCGGGCGUCGAAAACCGGAAAUGGAGAUGGGGAUGCGAAUGCUAGUGGUGGCGAAGAUGAGGAUGAUGAGGAUGAACUACUGGAGAACAUUCCGUUCGCAUGCGUGAUUUGCAAGAAGCCAUAUCAGGAGCCGAUUGUUACGAAGUGCGGGCAUUACUUCUGCGAGAGUUGUGCGUUACAACGGUAUAGGAAGAAUCCCUCGUGCGCGGCUUGCGGUGCUGGGACUGGCGGGGUGUUCAAUACGGCUAAGAAGUUGAGGAGGUUGCUUGAGAGGAAGAGAGAGCGGAUUCGGAGGAGAAAGGAGAAGGCGAUGGAGGAGGACGGAGAUGUAAGUGAGGAUGAGGAUGAGGGAGUAGGGGUAGGUGAGAGCGCAAGCGAAUAGGGAAGAGUUGAUAUAUUUUGUCAUAUUCGGUUCGCAUGGGGGAUAUUUGCUCCUAGCUUUUUUGAAUUC